AUGGCAGUAAAUGCGCCUACAAGACAGGCACUUCGACACCUGCGCCGCCUGUGUCAAUCAAGCGACCACAUCGCCGCAACCAGUUCAUCCAACAUUGGGUCAACAAUCCGCACCAAAAGUCAACUCCGUGGCUUCAUCGCUACAACUUCGCACGUCGACAAUCCCAGACGCCGACCAUGUCAAAAUACCAAUCGGACAUAUAGCACGAGCCACAGAACCUUUCAGCCUCAGCCUUCGUCUUCAACAACCACCACCUCCACCACCGACCAGGCGCCCGACCCACCAUCUCAAUCUCUCCCGGACAUCACCAACUUCUACACUCUAUUCCCCAAGACUCUGCCCUCCGGCCCACCCCCAUCGGGCUCUUUUGCGAUCCCACUUCCCGCCCUGAAGCGGGAGUUCCUCCAGCUACAAUCCCUACACCACCCGGACAAAUACACUGCGUCGCCUGGCGGGCACUCUAAAUCCCUCGCGCUGUCGUCCCUACUCAAUAGCGCGUACAAGACCCUCAGCGACCCUCUGCUCCGCGCUCGCUAUCUCCUGGAACAUACCUACAACAUCGACAUCACCAGUGAAGACAACUCGAUACACAGAGGCGUCACUGAUCAAGCCACGCUGAUGGAGGUCAUGGAGGCCCAGGAACAGAUCGAAGAGGCACAGACUCAAGAACAGAUUGACGCUUUGAAACAUGAGAACCGUACAAGAAUACAGGAUGCCGAAGGUAAUCUGGGCCGCGCCUUUGAGACAGAAGAUAUUCACACCGCGAAGACCGAAUGCGUCAGACUGAAUUAUUGGCGAACGCUACAGCAAGGCCUGGACGAUUGGGAGCCAGGUAAAGAAGUCAGACUAAUUCAUUGA